AGUGUCGUUAAGCUAACGAUGUCGUUAAAGUGUCGUUAGCCAGUCGUUAAAUUUAACAUAAUCGUUAAGUGUUGUUCAAAAAUUUUAACGCUUAACGCAGUCGUUAAAUCUGUGUUAAACUUAAUCACUUGACAUACCUCGAUUAAACCCCUAACGCAGCGUUAAAGAUGGCAGCCUUAGAUUUAGCCUUGUUUCAUGUACCAAUUCAAAGAAAAGAAAGAACUUUUAGAAGCAAAGAAGAACUUACCCUAGACUACACUGAUACAGAACUUAGAGCCCGCUACAGAUUUGGGAGGGAAGGCAUUUUAUUCUUAUCUGAUCUAGUAAGGGACAGCUUGACACGUCAGACAAACCGGAAUCAUGCCCUCAGUGUAGAACAACAGAUAAUGGUGACAUUGAGAUUUCUUGCCAGUGGAAGUUUCCUCCAGGUCAUAGGUGACACAUUAGGUUUGGACAAAAGCACAGUUUCAAGAGUGGUCGAUUCUGUUUUAGAUGCCCUUUGUGAAAAGAGGAACGAGUUCAUUCAGUGGCCUACUAACCUUAACCAAACCAAAGCUGAAUUUUACGAGUUUGCUGGGUUUCCAAACAUUUUGGGUGCUAUUGAUGGGACACAUAUAAGAAUAAAGAGACCGCAUCAUGACGAACCUUCAUUCAUCAACAGAAAAGGCUACCUGAGCCUGAAUGUUCAAGCAGUAUGUGAUGCAAAGGGUAGAUUUACAAACAUAAAUGCAAAUUGGCCAGGUUGUUGUCAUGAUUCACAUGUUUUCAGAACAUCACAGGUUUGUGCUCACAUGGAGAGAAAUGGCAAUUGGGAAAAUGGCAUCUUACUUGGUGAUAGUGGCUAUCCCUGUAGGUCUUUUUUAAUGACACCUUUUCUGAACCCCAAUGAACAACACCAUAGAAGGUACAACAGAUGUCAUGCAGUCACAAGAUCCAUUAUUGAAAGAACAUUUGGCAGAUGGAAGAGAAGGUUCCACAUAUUGCAUUCUGAAAUUCGUAUGGAUCCCAAAAAGGUAACCAAAAUAGUAAUGGUUUGUGGAAUCCUACACAACAUCUGCAUACAGCUAAAUGAGCCAGAUGUAGCUGAUGAACUUGUUAAUGAGGAUGUUGAAAAUGGAAACAACUAUAAUGGACAACAGGAUGGAAGAGGGAUAAGGGAGCACAUUGCUGACACUUAUUUUAACCGUCAUUAA